CCCGCUGUUUUUGACCCACGUGUGUAUAGAAAUGUGUUGAUAUUUUUUGAACAGUAAACUCCUGUCUUCACGUGUGUGUUUUAGCUGGAUUAAAUCCGACAGCUCGGUUCAUUUGUUGACAUGGAUCUCGCCUCCAAGGACUCGUACAUUCAGAAACUCGCAAGUAAAGUGUUUUCUCAACGGGACCAGGAGCCAAAGAAGAGACCGUUUGCCCACUUCAAGGGGAAAAGUGACACCGGUCCCCCAAAGAAGAAGAAAAAGUGUAAAAAGAAACAUUUCAAAGAAAGGGCCACCAAUGAGAAGACACCUAAAGCCCAACAGAAGCCCUCACCCUCUCCAGCAGCACAGAAAACUCCAGUCACAGCAAAACCAAAAGGCUCCAAAGCUGAGAGCGUAAAUGGAUCUGCAACGCCGACACCUAAAGGAGUUAAUGCACAGUCCAACUUCUCAACAGUAGAUAUUCUACGCAAGAGGCUUCAUGAAAAAAUCGAAGAGUCCAGAGGGCAGGGAGCUCCAAAGGAUACAUUAUCAGAAGCAGUCCAGGCCAAGCGAGCAAAACGAAAGCUGGAACGCGAACGCAAGAAGAGGAAGAGGAAAGAGUUUCGGAUGAAGCAGCUAGAAGAAAAAAGUGGUGAGGAGCAGCUGCCGGAGAUAAAACAGGAAGAGCAGGAACAGCCUGCCCCUGCUGAAAACAAAAGAAAUAAAACGGCUAUUAUCUUCAACAAGGUGGAGAUGGUAGAUGAGUGUUAUUUAAAUGAAAUGCAGAAAAAGAAGAACAAGAAACAGGGCAUCAAGGGCCAGUUAACACCGCUGACAGGGAAGAACUACAAGCAGCUGCUCACCCGCGUUGAGGCUCGCAAAGCAAAGCUGGAAGAGCUGAGGGAGAAAGACGAGGGGAAGGCCCGUGAGAUGGAGGAGAAGAUGAAAUGGACCAACCUGCUUUAUAAAGCAGAGGGCAUCAAAAUCAAGGAUGACGAGGACAUGCUGCGUGCCUCGCUGAAGAAGAAGGAGAAGGGCCGCGCUCAGAGGAAGAAGAACUGGGACAAGCGUAGCGAGAACAUCUUAGAGAAAAUGCAGCACCGGCAAGACAAGAGGCGGAAGAACAUCCAGAAACGCAAACAAGUCAAAACAGAGAAGAAGAAGGACAGGGCGCGGAAGAAAGGCAGAGUGCUGCCUGAGGACUUGAAAAAAGCAGUGUAGGAGUCUGUGGUGUUUUAUCAUAAGACAUACACAAAGUCUAAAAAAGUAAAUCAGUAUCUUUUUAUCGUAGUGUGAUUUAUUAAAAGAUAUGAAAGCGCUACAGCUGGUGCACAUAUUGUACCUUCUUUCUUGUCAAGGUAUAAUAUGUGUUAUGAUCAAUAAAAUAUUAUCCUUUGUUGUGAA